ACACCCAUAUUCUUCACAGUCUCUGAAAUUUCAUCAGCGAAACCACCCCUUUGCCUGUCCUUCAAGUGCUGGUCAGGGCCAGCUAUUCAAUGCGAGCUUCGAAGAUCCUGACAUGGCUGUCAAUCGAAAAUAUGCCGACUUACCUGACUUGGACUCUGCUCCCGAUAUCUACGAGACUCCAGAGCUAACCGACGACAACUCAACAAUUCCUACAACGGUCGAUAGGUCGCCAUUAGACAAUGAAUUCGAUGACGACGACGAUGAUGAUGGAGACACGGAUGGGCGUGGAAUAUCACACUCGCGACUGCGUAUAGAUCAAGCACGUUCACGCUUCAUGCCCUCCCAGGUUGAUGCUCGGGAUGUGGACUUCUCUGAUCGGGUAAACGGGAAGCGUAAAUCCUACCGAGCCUCAAGCAGAAGGCACCGGACCCUCAAAGACGGCACCGCUGAGAUCGGGGAUCUAAGCGACGAAGAAGAUGGCGAAACGCUAGAAAGGAAGAUUGCACGUCUCAAACGCGAGAUUCAGGAAGUAAAAGAAGAGUAUAGCAAGCAGAAGACAGAGGCUGGGGACAAAUCUUCGGAUGAUACAGAGCUGGUGACCCUUAGCGAAGCAUUGGAGGAGCUAUCGACUCAACCUGAAGAAGUGGCAGGUUCUCGGACUCGUCCUACAAAGCCAGUGCGCGAGGCCACCAAAUCGCAAGAAGACGGGCCAUUAGCGCCGGUGGACAAAGCUACUUAUACCGUUACGUACGCGCCUAGCUACGACCAAACCCAUGCUCUCGCAAAAGCUGCCGAUUUUGACUGGAGGCUUGCGCUCCUGGAGAAAGCAAUUGGCAUUUCUUCUACUGCGACUCCUGAUCUAGAGGGCAACGGCUUACCUCGCGCCAUUUUGCCGACACUGGAGACACUCCAGAACCAAAUCAUGACUUUAUCGGAAGCAUCAACUUCGUCACUUGAUAGCAUCAGUCGCCGGGUCCGGACACUGACACAGGAGGCCGAGCAGUUGGAGAAGUCUAGGAAGGCUGCCAAGCUAGCGCAAGAGGAGCUCUCAUCUGCCGGUGGUCCCAUGGUAGACGCGGAUGAUGCAGAGCAAAUCGCCAAGAUCAACGCACUAUACGGAACACUCCCAACUAUUGAGAGCCUGACGCCUCUAUUGUCGCCGUUGCUGGACAGAUUGCGCUCGUUGAGAAGUAUACACGCUGAUGCAGCAACCGCCAGUGAUGUGCUUGAGCGUAUUGAGCAGUCUCAGAGCGAGAUGGCGUCGGAUAUCAAACAGUGGAGAGAAGGCUUAGAGAAGAUCGAGGGAGCAAUGGGUGAAGGCGAGGCUUCCAUGUCUGGAAAUAUGAAGGUGAUAGAAGGAUGGGUGAAAGAGCUAGAGGCUAAGAUGGCCCAGCUUUCAUGAAGGAUUAGAUGCUAAUCGGCAUAUGUAUGCUACCUGCGUUUGCGCUGAUACCCCAUACGAAAAUUGUAGCCCUUGGAAGCUAAAUAAUACCACAAAUCUGUCACAGAUAUCAUCAUUAACUACACUUUCUACCCCUCCCACGUCCUUCUCUUUGCUUGAAUUUCCGGACCAAAAUCUCACGCCCCUACUCGAGCGCUAGCCGCCCUCGCACUCUAAAAUCAGCUAUACGGAGUAUUCUCGGGUCCUAUGUAUUGGUAAACCCUUGGCGUA